AUGGCAGCCCCAAGUCGACCCCCACCAGCCUAUACGGCACCCGCCGAUUCGGGCGUACAUGCAACGUCGCAAUUCUAUCAUUCAAUCUCCAAGACAGCCUCCGACCCCACAGCCCGCAUCUCCAAGGAAUCAUUCACGAUUCGGCCAUGUUCUGGGCAGGCUUGGGUGGUGCCCGCCGGUCACCUCUGCCGUUUAACUACACCGAAGGGACCGCAAGUCGGCGAUCUGAACAUCUGGAAUGCGGCCAACCCCCGCGAGCGCAUGUGGGCCGCUCGUACCCGCCAGAUCCACGCCUCACACGUCUCUGUUGGUGAUCGCCUGUGGUCGAAUCUGCCCUAUCUUCGGCCACUGGUCACCAUCACUGGCGACUCUCUCGGCGGCGGGCAGUUGCAUGAGGUCCUUGGCCCAGAUGGGAAACGCAGGCCAGAAGUUGAAUUUGGGACUACGCAAUUUGGAGGACGGGUACAUGACUUGCUGGGCACUCGCUGCGACCCCUAUGUCAAUCUUUUGAUGGGCGGCGAGACGUUCGACUUCCACUGUCACUCCAACCUCACCCGAGCCGUGGUCCCUCACGGAUUGACCGAGCUGGAUGUCCACGAUGUGCUGAAUGUGUUUCAGGUGACGGGACUGGACGAGCAAGGGAAGUACUUCAUGGAGACGUCGCCGGCAAAACCGGGAGAGUACUUCGAGUUCUUUGCCGAGAUGGAUGUUCUCUGUGCGCUAUCUGCAUGUCCUGGUGGCGAUCUCUCCAAUUGGGGGUGGGAUGACAAGGAGGGCGGUAUGGGCGCGAGCUGCCGUCCUCUCGGUGUCGAGGUAUAUCAACUGGCAGAUCAAACGGUUCUUAAUAGAUGGAAGGCACCCAAGAGCCCCGGUUAUCAAGGCAUGCACGGCAUGAGAAUGCCUCCUCGCGAGGAUGACUCAUACACUGGUCUGUAG